GGCCACAUCCUACAUGCUGUUACUGGUUUUACUAGUUUAGCAAGACUUAUAUGGAAUUUGUGUUUCCUGAUGGGAUUGCAUAAAUACGCUGUAAAGCGAGAUAAAUCAUUGCCUCAUGUGAUACAGUACACACUUGUCCUGUCAUAUUGGAAGGCUCAGUGAGGCAAUGGCAGAUAAGGAGCUUGCCAGGGUGAGGAGUAAGUUUGUGGAUAAGGCGUCCAAAGAACUUAUAAAUCAGCUGCUGGAUGACAUUUUAGAGGAUAAAAUCUUGAACGAUGGGGAGAAAGACUCAAUACUUGAGGAGAAUAGCAGCAGAGCAGACAAGGCACGGUGUUUCAUUGACACAGUGAAGAAGAAAGGAAAUAAAGCCAGCAGGAAGAUGAUCACUUACCUUCAAAGCAGGGAUCCAACCCUUUACAAUGAACUGGGUCUGUCCUGUGGUCCACCUGAACCUCCAGAGCCCCCGAUGGAGAAGAAAUGGUCAACCACACUUAUCCCGACUACCGACUCAUUCAAGAACGAGAAACUGAAUAAUAGAAAUGUUUACCCUGUGAGCGCAAGUUCCAGUAGGAAUCGUGUGGCCCUGCUAAUCACUAAUAUAAAGUUUACUAAUGAGAAAUUCAGCAGAAGAGGAGCUGAGAAAGACGAGGCGAACAUGGAGAAACUGCUCACAUCUCUGGGAUACGAGGUGGUGAAACACACAAACCUCACAGGAAAGGCAAUUAAUGAUUCUAUGAUUAAUUUCUCUAAACAUCCGAAACUCAAAGAGACAGACAGCGUGAUGGUGGUUAUCAUGUCUCACGGGAAACUGGGAGCUGUCCUCGGUAUCAACCAUGAUGAGAAAUGUGAUGAUGAGUUCCCCAUCAACAACAUUUACAAACACUUGGGCUCAGAGAAAUGUCCAGCACUGCUGAACAAACCCAAGAUCAUCAUCAUCCAGGCCUGCAGAGGAGAUGAGGGCGGAUCAGUACUUGUUAGUGAUGCUGCAAACUCAGCUCUGGUCUGUGAUGAUGUGAAACAGCCAAGUCCAUACCCGUCUGCUGGUGACGAAAACUUAGAGGAUGAUGCUUUACGAUGUGUACACAAAGAAAAAGACUUCAUUUCUCUUCUUUCCUCCACCCCUGAGACUGUCUCAUAUAGACAUCCAGAACAUGGGUCUUUACUUAUCCAGUAUGUGGCUGAGGUCUUGAACACCUGCGCACAUGAGGAUGACAUUGAGGAACUUUUCAGAAAAGUCAUGCAGCGCUUUGAAGAUUUUUCCGUUCAAAGCAAAAGGCAGAUGCCUACCAAAGACAGAUGCACUCUGACAAGGCGCUUCUACUUCUGUCCAGGUCUCUGAGAUAAGAGUGUUGGUUAAUGCAAACUCCGAUUUGAUGUUUUACAAUAGGCUCACUAUGCUUUAUGAUUAGAUAAAUAAGAAGUUAGAUAGAUAAAACUAAACUUUGUUUUAUAUAUAAUGACAUAUUUGCAUGCAUUUAUGUUUUUAAAUAUAUCUGACAGUGUGACAACUGUACAGUGUGCUCUCGAUGUAAAUACAUUGUUGAAAAGAGUUUCUGUCUGUGCUGCGGUCAGCUGAGGGCAGACGAAAUUCAGUCAUUAAAGAAAAGUUUUUAGGUACUCGUA